AUGUGGAAGGACGCCAGCAACGAUGAUGCCCGACCCUCCAGUGGUGGCUCCUCUCGCAGCGCCAGCCGCAGGAAGAGAACCAGCUUCUCCAAAGAACACGUGGAGCUGCUGAGGGCCACCUUCGAGACCAACCCGUACCCGGGCAUCAGCCUCAGAGAGAACCUGUCCCAGACCACCGGCCUGCCAGAAUCACGCAUACAGGUGUGGUUUCAGAACAGAAGAGCUCGCACUCUGAAGUGUAAAGGAGCAAAGAAAGCGCUGUGGCAGACUGACAGCCCCGUCCAUGACUCUCAUGCCAGCAGGGGCCAGCCUCAGGGGCCCCCGCCUGCCUACCCCGCCCAGGUGAAGGAAGAGAUGGAGGAAGUCUGCUACUACGGACAGUGUCCUCCAGCCUACUCAACCAUGGAGGAGCACGCACAUUACAGCUCCAUGUACGGGCUUCAGCAGGGUCAACAGGCGGGGAGCAGCGCCAGUCCUCCUGUGAGGGCCCUCUGGUCCCAGCCCGGCAGCCAGACCCCACCUCUGUGGUGCCACUCGCCUCUGGAGAUGAGAAACUACAACUCCAGCUUCAUGUAUCCAGGAUCAGCAGAGCAGAUGUACAUGCCCAGCUCCACCUCCCACUCCUCCACGCCUGACACGCCUGACUCCGGGUACUGGGACGCCGGUGUGGAGAACAGCCCCCCACUGGAGGGUCAGUACUCUCAGCUGGAGGAGUCGUGGAGCAGGGCCGCUCUGGAGGCCUGCAGAGAGCCUGCAUACCCAGCGCCGGUCCCACACGCCCCUUUACCCGAGCUGUCCCUGCAGGAGAUCCUGGGGGAGCUGAAUGAGGACUGGCUGGGAGGUGAGGGUCUGGAUAACCACGCUGCGAUGGAUAAAACAUCUUUCUGCUGACGACUUGGUGACCAGGAUUCAUUAUGAACGAUUAUAAAUCAUUUGUAUUAUUAUGAUUUUAGUUUAUUUUUUACUUCUACACAUGAAAAACUCUGCAGAUCUGUAAGA